GCCGCUCAGUCGCUCAAUCACUCGCUGGGCGGCGGGCGGUGGGUUGCGUGUGUUGAAACCCGUGCAAGGAAUGCCAUCGGCGAAGCAGGUUUUUAGGUUCGUCGCGUGGGCGCCGGCGGAUAUGAGCGGCGCGGAGGGCUUGCCGUCUAUGGCAAGAUAUGUCCGGCUCGCAUGCCAUGCGACGCCGCGGACGCCGCGAACGCCGCCGUCCCUGUCACAGGCUCGCGGCGUUCGCGGCCCCCAAAACCGCAUGCUUUGCCGAGCGUCGCGACGUCAGGCAGGUCAGACCCUGCUGUCACGGCGUGCGUGCGUGCGUGCGUGCGUCCUGGUGUUGCGGGCAGGGCCGCCAAAGCCUAUCGCGUUGUGCUACGAACUCCUUGGAGUGGGACGAGACGGAACAGUCAAGGUUUUUCUUGGUCAAGGCAAGUGGCGAUUGGGGGGAAACUUGGUAACCAGAGCGCGUCGGCAGUCACGUCAACCCUUCGGGCCCGAUGUUUGUUAGCCUUUGAGCCUAAUCAAAUGCCUCAAUUUGGGGGAAGGGGAAGGGGGGUUCUAUUUCGGUUGACCGUCAGGUCGUCCCAAUGCGAGUACGCAGCGGAAAACCCCUUCGUCGUAUCUUUGUCUUUGACUUUUCCAGGGUGUACGGCUCGUUUCAGGAAAGCAGAGCCAAAGCUUGAGCUUCCCGGUCCUUCUCGUAUCGGAGAGCGGCAUCCGGAAGACUCGGAAGCGUAACAGACGAGACGUCGCUGCCGGGCCGCUCGGAUCGGACGGUGCGCAGCCGACAAAGGAGCAACGUCCUCAAGAGGGGGAAGGGGUGUUGUGCCGUGCGCGGAUGACGGUGCCUGGCCUGCCCGGACGAAGC